GACAACCAACUCCUGGAAACGGUGCCUGCCACCUUAUAACCCAAAAGAAAGCGAUAUUAUAGGCCUUACAGAAACCUGUGGCUGGCCCUUCGUCGUGCGUAAAGCUCUUGCGCACACCGCUGAACUGCCUCAGAGACUGAAUAGGUGCGCUACUAGUCGAGCAUCAGAGCGCAGUGCCAAGAUGCAGAAACGGAGCAGCGACGUCUGAAGGUGACAUGAACCUGUGGAUAAUCAAGAGCAGCAGGCGUACACUGAACCAGAAGUGGAGAUAGCAACUGAAAACCACCGGUGUCUUGAAACAAAACUUGCGCUUUUUCCUCGUGGCUUUAUCUAAUGCAGAGAAUCAAGAGCUGCAACCCAAAGUAGCCUCAAAUUUCUAGUGACUGAAGGACAAAAACACUAAUUACGCUGCAGACAUUUGACGGGAGAGGAGCAAAAAAUGGCGACGUUAAUCAGAAGCAAGCUUUCUAAUAAACUGUCAAACGCAGCCACGACUGUGUCCAACAAAUCCCAGGCGAAGGUGAGCGGGAUGUUCGCCAGGAUGGGGUUCCAGGCCGCCACCGACGAGGAGGCUCUGGGCUUCGCCGCCUGCGAUGACCUGGACUACGACCACCGGCAAGGCAUGCAGAUGGACAUUUUGUCAUCCGAUGAGAUAGGAGGAGAGGGGAGCGCAGACGGAGGUGCGCUGGAGGGGGACAGCCACUACCAGAGGGACGGCACCGGCCCCCCGCACUCAGCCUCAAAGGACGGAGAUCCGACGAACGAGUUGUCUGAAGUCAGACCAAAAAUCACCGCUUGGGAGGCGGGCUGGAACGUCACGAAUGCGAUCCAGGGGAUGUUUGUUCUUGGGUUGCCCUACGCCAUCCUGCACGGAGGAUACCUCGGACUCUUUCUCAUUAUUUUCGCCGCCGUAGUGUGCUGUUACACGGGGAAAAUCCUCAUUGCCUGUCUGUACGAGGAGGACGAAGACGGGCAGCUCGUCCGUGUGAGGGACUCCUAUGUGGACAUUGCCAACGCCUGCUGCGCGCCCAGAUUCCCGGCUUUAGGUGGCCACGUCGUGAAUGUAGCCCAAAUCAUAGAGCUGGUGAUGACUUGCAUCCUGUACGUGGUGGUCAGUGGUAAUCUCAUGUACAACAGCUUCCCCAACAUGCCAAUUUCCCAGAAGUCGUGGGCCAUCAUCGCCACCGCCGCACUCCUCCCCUGCGCCUUCCUCAAGAACCUGAAAGCCGUCUCCAAGUUCAGCUUGCUGUGCACGAUGGCCCACUUUGUCAUCAACGUCCUGGUGAUAGCUUACUGCCUAUCCAGAGCCAGGGACUGGGCCUGGGAGAAAGUCAAGUUUUACAUCGAUGUCAAGAAGUUCCCCAUCUCCAUUGGGAUUAUCGUUUUCAGCUACACCUCUCAGAUCUUCCUGCCGUCUCUGGAGGGGAACAUGCAAAGACCGAGCGAGUUCCACUGCAUGAUGAACUGGACUCACAUCGCUGCCUGCAUCCUCAAGGGCCUGUUCGCCCUGGUGGCCUACUUGACCUGGGCUGACGAAACCAAGGAGGUCAUCACAGACAACCUGCCCCCAACCAUCCGAGCUGUCGUCAACCUCUUCCUUGUGGCCAAAGCUUUGCUGUCGUAUCCGCUGCCGUUUUUCGCUGCCGUCGAGGUAUUAGAGAAAACGUUUUUCCAGGAGGGAGCACGUUCGUACUUUCCAGAUUGCUACGGAGGCGAUGGACGCCUAAAAUCCUGGGGACUCACUCUCCGAUGUAGCCUUGUUGUGUUCACUUUGCUCAUGGCGAUCUAUGUGCCACAUUUCGCCCUCCUCAUGGGUCUCACUGGUAGCCUGACAGGUGCAGGCCUUUGCUUUCUGCUUCCCAGUCUCUUCCACCUCAAGCUUUUAUGGAGAAAGCUGCUAUGGCACCAGGUUUUCUUUGAUGUCGCCAUCUUUGUAAUAGGAGGUAUAUGCAGCGUAUCUGGUUUCAUCCACUCAAUGGAGGGGCUCAUAGAGGCUUUCAAAUAUAACAUAGAAGAGUAGAUGCAAGUCAUUGCUGGAACUAGAUGUUAACUGCAAAUCCCCAUUUAGUGAAAAAAAAUAAUAAAUGAAUAAAACACACGACUUCCCUGCAAACGCAGCCCCUCUGCUUAAUCCAUGCGUAAAAAGCGCGCACAAAACACGCAGACAUUUUCGCACCCAUACAGUCUUGCAUCAAUUCAGAACAGAAUGCGCGCGCACACACGCACACGCACACACACAGAGAGAGGGAAAGAGAGAGAAACAGAACCGGUGGCAGUGAUGGAAUCUAAUGUAAUGCAUCAACAACACACUAUAUGGACAAUACAUGUUGUAUAAAUAUGCGAACAGAAGUACAUAUACAUAUUUUCCAGUGGAGUGAACGUUUACAAUAUUGACCUUAAACAAAAUUGCAAAAAGGGCAGUUCGUCUUUUCGUCGCUCUUGUGGUGCUUCCCCACAUGAGACUUCACUUCAUGUAACGCUCGAGUUUGUGAUGGACAUUCGACAGCAUAAUGUGAUUUACUGAUGAUUAAGAUAAGUUUAUUUAAAAAAGACACUAAAGAAAAGAAAUGCCACUUUCUUCUAGGUAAUUUGCAAUACGAUUAAUGGGCAAAGUCAAGUAACACAAAGGCAAUAACCAGCAGUAGAAACACAUGAAUGCGUCUAGAAAUAUUUAAAAGAAUAGCAAGAUUUCGUUAAUAAAUGAGGAAACUGGACCUUCCCCGAGCAGUUUAAAACACCGGAAAUGCAAAAUGUCAGAUAGUACACAGCAGCUAUACAAACUAUGCAUUGAAUGUAUGAUAUUUCAGACACACAAAACAUAAUGAAACUGGGAAGUGGAAAUUUAAAAAAAGAUCAUCAAAAAUUUCGAUUCUUCUGCGUGAAAGUCUUAGGCUAAUGCUUUGGUAUUUUUCCCCAAAAUUUGAAAUUAAUUUUAUUAACCUUUCAAUCGGCAAUAACAAAAUUUACCUCAUCUGAAAUACAUAUUUUGGUAAAACGUCCAAGCCCCCACGUCCUGGCCCAAAUUUCAGCUACAGAUGGGGACCCCAAAUUGAAAUCCUGCACAUUCAAUUUUAACAUAAUUCUUUUCAUUGCGUUUGAAAAUACAUGGCCUGUUCUUAAAUUAAUUUCAAGACUUCUGUCUCGAAAAUUCGGUGUAUGAAAAUCUAAAAAAAUAAAAAAGAGAGAUCAUUAAAGAGGAAAAUGUGCAUACAGACAUUUUUCAUUCUGUGCAAUCCAAUGGGUCCUGUGGAAAUGUUAUAAAACCGUAUGUGUAGUGUGUUAUUGUGGUUUCAAAAAGAUGGAAUGUAUAUCUCAAAGUCGUUAUCAUAUAUCGUGAAAUUAAUAUUAAAGAAUAAAGAAAUAAGUGAAAUUAUAUUGUAAAAAUGUGUGUGGUUUUAUGUAAAACGAAAAAUGGUCAGAACAUGUAUUUUUUUUUCUCUAUAAUAAAA